GCUCCUCGAUUCGGAGAAUGACCGUGGAGAUCGAUAAGGAGGAAUUGAAAAAGCGCUUGACACCGCUGCAGUGGCACGUCACGCAGGAAAAGGGUACGGAAAGGCCUUUCUCCGGUUGCUACAACAAAUUCUAUGAGAAAGGCACGUACACUUGCAUAAUCUGUGAUCAAGAAUUGUUCUCUUCUGACACAAAAUACGACAGUGCUUGUGGUUGGCCUGCAUUCAAUGAAGUAUUAGAUCAGGGACGAGUCAAGUUGACCAAAGACACUUCACAUGUUGGUGGAAAUCUACUACUGCUGAUCGCAAACCCAGAUAUGGUGCGGACCGAGGUGACCUGUUCAAAGUGUGGUGCACAUUUGGGACAUGUAUUUAACGAUGGGCCAAAACCUACAAGGAAGCGAUUUUGCAUCAACUCGGCAUCCAUAAACUUCCAUUCAGCAGGAGAAGAGAAGAAAACGACAUCA